AUGUUCAACAACCUCAUGCCUAAACGCUUAACCUUCUUCUGGGCUUUCUUCGCCGGCACUAUCACCUUCGGUGAGAGCACUACUAAUCGCACACUUCUGAGGGUAUUCCAUCGUGGAGUCCCACUCGACAUUCGUCAUAUACCAAAAAUGAUGACACAGACUCUCGCGGCCUCUGAUGGAAUGAUGGAAUCUCUCAGUCAAGAUGACCAUGAUUGUGAACGAUGCUUCGCGCAAGAUGAUAUGGUCUAUGACUUGAAGGCGAUAGGCAUACAAAUUGUGGACUCCAAAUGCCCGGUUGGUCACAAACAAAUUUUGAACUACUUGAGGAAAGCUAAGAAUAUGCUGAGCAUCGACUUCGAUUGCGAGCCCGACUCGAGGGUCACACUGCAUCCGACCCUCGCGGCGGACAUGGCAACUUGCACUGGUGGCAAUUCUGUUCUCGGCACAAACGACCCCGGCUCAUCCUGUCAGCCUAACCUCGAGCUUAUCCAUUUAGGGGCUGCCUGGGAAGCGGCUCGCUCAGCCGGACGGAAGCUGAAGGAUGUCGUGUUGGCCAUCAGCGACACUGGUGUUGACAUGACUCAUCCUGACCUGGUUAAUCAAUUCUGGAGGAACCCAGCUGACAACUCCAUCGGUUACAACUUCAUAACCAACAGUAUUGAUGUGACUGAUAGACACAGCCACGGUACUCACUGUGCUGGCAACGCUGCCGCUCAGACUAAUAAUAACAUUGGCAUCGCAGGAGUGGCAAAUAUCGAUGGCUCAGUACCUAGUGUAAAGCUGAUGAUACUCAAGAUGCUUGAUGACACAGGAGGGGGCUAUACGAGUGACAUAGCGAGGGCCAUCAACUUCGCCGUCGAAAACGGGGCAGCAUUUUCCUCUCACUCCUACAGGUGGUUUGACGACAAUGAAAUAAUGAGGGCCGCAUUCAGGAACGCCGCUGCUGCUGGGCAUAUGGCUGUGACUGCAGCUGGAAAUGAGAUGGCCAAUUUAGAUGGUUGGCCAACCUUUCCAUGCACUUAUGCGAUCGAAAUACCAUCAAUGCUCUGUGUGGCUGCCACUACUUCCGACCCGACCGAGGACGUCACUAUGGCCCCCUUCUCGAGUGCUGGUUCUGCAACGAAGGUUGCCGCACCCGGUGUCGAUGUUUAUUCAACUUUUCCGGGCGGGUCCUAUAGUUAUAUGAGUGGUACAUCGAUGUCCACUCCUACGACCGCCGGUGUCGCGGCUUUGCUGGGUACGCUCGGUCUAGAGAGCCAAGAAAUAGCGGACACUCUUAUCAAGUCUCGGACCGAUGGUUUACCGAAUUGGCGUGGGGUAUCUGAUAUCGGGAUGAUCGAUGCCUUCAAAGCAGUCCAAGCAGCUCUGGGCUCGCCGGCUACUCGUUUAAGAAAGAACAUCCAGUCUUCGAGUAGAUGA